CCCAUAGGCUUGUGAGUGCAUCUUCUAUUUGUGUAAUCUCGCAUUUAGCUUAUUGAUUGUAGUAUUAUGUUUUCAAGGUUAGGGAAUGGUUCGUCCACGUCGUAAUACUAGGUCGACAAAUGAGGGCCCUACAGUUGGUGGCCGAGGUCGGGCCACUCCUACAGUUCGCGGCCGUGGUCAGGCCACUCCUUUAGCACGUGGUCGUGGCCGCGCCAACCCAAUAGGUCGUGGCCGAGGUAGUGCUGAGGCUGAAAUUUUUGAUGAUGCAGCUGAAACAGAAAAUGAUGCUAAUCUUGCCGACCCCGCUGCGGAUCCAACUGAUCCAAUUACAGAAAUUAUUGCAAAUUCUGGUACACCCACAGGUUCUAUUGACCCGAUAACUGCUGUUCAGGCCUUUCAGACUUUUAUGGGAUUAUUUGCAGGGCAUCAGGCCCAAGUGGCACCAGCAACUGCAUCAAGUUCUCUGACAUUGGACAAAGGCAAUACUUUUGAUAGAUUUCUGAAGACUAAUCCACCGUAUUUUAUGGGGACUGAUAAGCCAUCGGAUGCUGAGGCCUGGCUAUUGCAAAUGGAAAAGAUCUUUGAUGUGUUAGGUUGUUCUGAGGCUCAAAAGGUGUCUUUUGCUGCAUAUAAGCUGCAGGGGGGAGCUGAGCAUUGGUGGCGGUCAGCAAAGCAGCAUUACAAAGAUAAGCAAAAUGAAUUAGUAUGGAGCAAUUUCAAAAAGGAUUUUGAGGAGAAGUACAUCCCACCAGCAGUUAAAGACCAAAUGCGAACUGAGUUUUUAGCUUUAAGGCAGGGAAAUAUGUCAGUGGCGGAGUAUCAGCAGAAGUUUGAUGAAUUGUCAAGGUAUGCAGGAGUUUUGGUGGAAAAAGAAACAGAUAAGGUGUGGCAUUUUCAAAGGGGCCUUCGGUUCGAUAUUCAUGGGAGAGUUUCUUUACUUGACGUUAAUACACUACCUAAACUUGUGACUAAAGCAUUGACAGCAGAGAAUGAUUUGAAAGAGGAGAAGAUGAGUGAGGAGCGUCAGUUUAAGAGAUCUAGAGAAUGGUGGCAAUUAGGACAGAGCAGUGAGGGUAGUAACUCUAACAAGAGGACUUGUACGCCUACGCAGUCAAAGGGUGAUAGGAGUGAGCGGAUUGAGUGGUUAUGCAAUCGUUGUGGGAAAUCUCAUUAUGGUUAUAGUUGUGAUGGCUCGCCUAAGUUAUGUUACAAUUGUGGACAACCUGGACAUGUAGCUGCUCAUUGUAAGGGAAAAGAAGAUGGAGGAAAUGAUAUUGAUGCGUCUAAGGGGCAAGGUGCAAUUGGUUUUAUCGUAUUACUAGAAAUAUCAUGGUUUAAUUAA